GGCUGGUACCCGGUGGCUCGCAAACGCAAAUUGAUGACGUACGCCGAGGUGACCUCCACUUUCACCCUCCUUGCAAAACGCGAUCACUUUCAUUGGCUAGAGCGAGAGCGAGUUCUGCCAAGGUCAUGUUGCUCUCAUAAUUCAUAUCCUCGAAACCUUUCUGACAUCGCUCGAACUGCCUUCUCGAGACCAAACGUCGAGCUAUCAACCUGAAAUGCCUGACUACCCUAAAGAGACCAGGGAUCCGAUCGCCAACGUCUGGGGUGAGAGGACUCCUUACCACGGUGAAGGACAAUGGCCUGUACGUGUGGAUGAACAUAUCGAAGCGCCUGUCGAGAAAUGGGUUCAGUCGGCUUGUGUCAUGUGCUCGAACGGAUGUGGUGCGGAUAUCGGUGUUGCAGACGGCAAGAUUGUCGGGAUCCGAGGAAGGGCGGUGGAUAGGGUCAACAAGGGUCGACUCGGACCCAAGGGAAUGUGCAGUUGGGAGUACAACGGGCAUCCGGAUAGGCUCAAGACGCCACUCAUCCGAAAGCAGGGCAAGCUCGAACCCGCCAGCUGGGACGAGGCUAUGGAGUUGAUCGUGAACAAGUCGAAAGAGAUCAUCGAGAAGCUCACCCCGCACGCCAUCGCUUUUUACACCUCGGGUCAAUUGUUCUUGGAGGAAUACCACGCGCUCGCCAUGGUAGGAAAAGGUGGACUGGGGACGCUUACUAUGGACGGAAACACUCGACUUUGUACCGCGACCGCUGCGACUGCCAUGCGAGAGUCUUUCGGCUGUGACGGUCAACCCGGGUCGUACACCGAUAUCGAUGUGACCGAUUGUCUCUUUAUCGUCGGACACAACAUCGCCGCCACUCAGACCGUCCUCUGGUCCCGUAUGCUUGAUCGUCUGCACGGGCCCAACCCUCCUCGAUGCGUCGUCAUCGACCCGCGAAGGACCCCUACGGCCGACCUCGCCACGGUGCACUUGCAACCUGCUGCAGGAACCAACUUGGCUCUGCUCAACGGUAUGCAGAGGGAAAUGUUCGAGCGAGGAUACAUCGACGAGGAGUACGUCAAGAAGCACACGAUCGGGAUCGAACAAUUGAAGCGGAUCGUUGAGGGUUACACCCCGGAGAGGGUACACGAGAUUACCGGUGUUACCCCGGAACUCUUGCGACAGGCGGUCGAGGUCAUCGGGACCAGCAAGACGGUGCUCGCCACGGCCCUUCAGGGUGUCUACCAGAGUAACCAGGCUACCGCGAGCGCCUGUCAGAUCAACAACAUUCAGCUGCUUCGAGGCAACAUUGGUAAACCCGGUGGCGGUAUCUACCAGAUGAACGGACAACCUACCGCUCAGAACAACCGAGAAGCCGGUUGUGAUGGAGAAUACCCUGGGUUCAGGAACAACAACAACCCUCGUCACAUGGAGGAUUUGGCCAAGUGCUGGAACAUUGAAGCCCACAAGAUUCCCUCAUGGUCCGACCCUAUCCACGCUUCGUCCAUGUUCGACCUAAUGCAAGGAGGUGCGAUCAAGAUGUGCUGGAUCAGCGGGACCAACCCGGCCGUCUCGUUUGUCAAUCUCGAAAAGAUGCGAGCGAUCUUGGGAAUGCCCGGACUCUUUGUCGUGGCUCAGGACAUUUUCGAGACCGAGACUACACAAUUGGCGGACGUGGUCCUGCCCGCUGCGAUGUGGGGAGAAAAAACGGGUUGUUUCACAAACGUCGACCGUACCGUUCACAUCAGUCACAAGGCGAUCGAACCCCCUGGUUUGGCUAAGAGCGAUCUGGAGAUUUUCCUCGACUACGCACGGCGCAUGGACUUCAAGGACAAGGACGGAAAGCCCUUGAUUCCUUUCAAUGACUCCAAGUCUGCUUUCGACCACUGGAGAUCGACGACUAAGGGUCGUCCUUGCGACUACACGGGUAUGUCGUACGAGAGCUUGACUGGGGGAUCGGGUAUUCAAUGGCCGUGCAAUGCCGAGACUUCGCCCAACGGAACUGAACGUUUGUAUACCAACGGUGUAUUCAUGACCAAGCCUGACGAUUCGGAAUCUUUCGGUCACGAUCUCGAGACUGGAACGCCCAUCACUCCCGAAGAAUAUGCGAUGUUGAACCCGGACGGGCGUGCCAUCUUGAAAUCGUGCCACUACCGUGCACCGUACGAUGGGGUCAGCAAAGAGUACCCCUACCACUUGACCACUGGUCGUAACCAUCUCCAUUUCCACACGAGGACCAAAACCGGCCGAAGCAGUCGAUUGAACAAGGCCGAUCCUCAUCCGUACAUCCAGGUUCACCCUGACGACGCCCAGGACCUCGAUGUCAAGGAUGGAGACUACGUAGAGGUCCGAUCCCCUCACGGUGAAUGCGAGCUCCCCGUCAAAAUCGGCAAGAUUGGCAAGGGCCAGAUUUUCGUUCCCUUCCACUUCGGAUCGGUUGUCGACAACUGUGAAGGCGGACGGGCAUCGACUGCGAACGAACUGACGCAACCCACUUGGGAUCGCAACUCGAAGCAACCGAUCUUCAAGACCGGAGGCGUCAAGAUCACUAAAGUGACCGGAGACAAAGUGUCCAUUCCUUCCAAGCAGAAGGAGGCGGUCAAGCAGAUGGAGAGCCCAGCGUAUUACGAGGCCCAAGCCAAAGACGACUUUGAAGAGCGCAUCAGGCAUCUUGAAGAUUACAUGGGCUUGUGGGAUGAUUGCAGCAAGGAGAUUUGCGACGUCCUCGACAUGCUUUCCAAGCGUCUCAAGAACGACUUCGAGAUCGCCUCGGGCAUGUUGAUCCUGAAAGACUUCAUCGUUCAGUCGAUCGAAGCUCUCAAACCCUUCUCCGAAAAGUAUGGAGCGCGAGACCAGGAAGCCGAACGUGACACCAAGGCGAUCCGAGCGGCUCUUUUCCCGGACUCGAGGACUGGUCAUGGAUCGUUUGAGCUGCUCCUGGAUGUACAGGGAUUGUACACCAUGCUCGGGAUCACCAAGGGAUACUUGACAGCCCUCUUGCCCGUGUCCAAGGCCGAACAGGACAAGGAGUUCACCGAAGCAGUCAAGUUGGCGCAGGAACUGGUUCAACGAAGUCUCUCUUGGGCCCAUUCCCAGAUUCAAGUCAAGGCUGUACACAGCCUGAUCGUCCCUGCUGGACCGAUGGCCGGACAUUUCUGAUCGAUGGUAAUGGGAAUAUGCUUGUAGCAGCGCUGCCUCAAACUCAAUCUGUACAACGUAAAAUGUAUCACUUGCCACGAUCUCGCAACGUUAUUUAUUAUUGGUAAACCGG